GUGGUUUCCUCCACGACAUUUGAGGUCUGAUCGCUGCGGUGGCCCGGAGGCGCUGCCGAGGCCGGGAUGAUGGACGACGACACGGAGCUGAGGACCGAUGGGAACUCCCUCCUGAAGGCGGUGUGGCUGGGGAGGCUCAGGCUGACCAGGCUCCUCCUGGAAGGGGGCGCGUACAUCAACGAGAGCAACGACAAAGGGGAGACGGCCCUCAUGGUGGCGUGCAUCACCCAGCACGUGGACCAGCAGAGCACCAGCCGGCCCAGGAUGGUGAAGUACCUGCUGGACCAGAGGGCAGACCCCAACAUCCAGGACAAGUCCGGCAAGACGGCUCUCAUCCACGCCUGCAUCCGGAGGGCGGGGGGCGACGUGGUGUCCCUGCUCCUGGAGAACGGCGCCGACCCCAGCCUCGAAGACCGCACGGGGGCUUCGGCCCUGGUCUACGCCAUCAACGCCGAUGACAAGGACGCCCUGAGGCACCUGCUGGACGCCUGCAAAGCCAAAGGGAAGGAGGUGAUCAUCAUAACAACCGCUAAGUCGUCGUCAGGCACCAAAACCACCAAGCAGUAUCUCAACGCCCCUCCGUCGCCCGGAGGGGAAGCCCGCCAGUCCCCUCCACUGUGCACGUCCCCCUCGGACAUCGAACUGAAGGCUCCAGGCCGGGGCGCCCCACCCACGGACAGGGAGGACGACUUCUUCAGCCUCCAGUCAGGGCGUCUGGCCGGCAACAUGGCCAGGCCUCUCAACGAGCCCGGGUCGCCCCUCCGGAAAGUGGGGAACCUCAAGCGGGCCCGCCUGCCCCAGCUGAAGAGGCUGCAGUCCGAACCCUGGGGCCUGAUUGCGCCGUCCGUGCUGGCAGCCGGCGCGCGUCAGGAAGAGACCCACGGCCCCGGCCCGGACAGCGAGGUCAUCAAGAGCUUCAGUGAUGUGUCCUUCCCCAAGAGGGGGCCGCUCUCCAGAACCAGCAGCAUCGAUGGCAAAGACCCCACCUUCUUCCCCACUGUCGCCGAGCAGGUGCAGAAGAUCACGGCCUCCCCGGGACCAGCAUCCUGGAAGGCCGCCCACGAGAAGGGUCAGGCUUCCCACCCCCGUCUCGCCCGGAGAGGAACUCUCCCCGUUGACCAGGAGAAGGUGGGUAUCGGUCCAGCAGGCCCCCCUGCUCUCAAAGAUCCCGUGUCCCUCAAGUGGCUGGAGAAUGAUUUGCACGACUUAGAUUUACAGACUGGGGCCGACCAGCUCAGCUCGGUCUCCCUGGAAUCAAGCAAAGGGCCCUUGGACAGGAAGAGGCUCGACGGCUCCUUCCUGGCUCUCUUCCACGGCUCACGGGAGUCCCUGGACGCCGCGCCCAGCACGUCCCCCAGCUCGGCACGCCGCCGGCCACCGCCUCUGCUGGAAAGGCGAGGUUCUGGAACUCUGCUGCUGGACCGAAUUUCGCACACCAGGCCCGGCUUCCUGCCGCCUUUAAACGUCGGUGGGAACCCACCUAUCCCUGACAUCAGAUCCAGCAGCAAACCGUCUUCUCCACUUGCGAGCGGCUUGAAAUCCAUGGUUCCCGUAGCGCCCAGUUCACCCAAGAGAGCGGACCUGAGAGGCAGACGGGCGCUCCUGCGGAGACACUCCAUGCAGGCCGAGCAGAUGAGGCAGCUGUCGGACUUCGAGCAGACCGUCACCUAGCAGUGGCCGGCGGGCUGUAAACCACAGAACUCUGCGCAGUUACUGGAAGGCACCCUCAUCUAGAGCAACA